GUUGAGUGUGACCAACGACCAAAACUGCAAACAAAAUCAAAAAGCAAAACCCAUCAAUAUUCAUCGAAUUUUGAGGUUGCUUCAAUUCCUCAAUCUCAUAUUAAAAGUCGCAACUAUAUCUUUUUUGCACUUAAAUAAAAGACAAAUCUUAGAAUGAAGAGAACAAGAGUAGUAACAAUAACAUGGCCAGAAGGUGCCUUUCUAGUUGUUCCUACAACAAUACUACUCUCUUUCUUUGCUUUUUUAACAUUGCCAUUGUUUCUCUCUUUGUUUUUCACUCUCUUUAUGCUUCUCUUUCUAUUCACUCCACUAACGUUAAAGUUGUUGUAUCUUAUAGCCUAGAUCAGAUUCGGAAAAUGGAAGAAUCGGUGCAAAUCCGCAUUGGAUAUAAACCGGCGGAGUUAAUUAAAUCGUUGAAGGCUUUAGAAGAGGAAUUUUCGAGAGAAAAUUUGGCGGUUGAGUUGCCGCAGUAUUUGAAGCAGAAAAUAGUUGAUGAGAUAUUGCAUAGACUAAGGAGCUUAAAUUCCAGUGACAUUAAUAUUGCUAAGGAACGAGAAGUUGUUGAAAGUUGGCGCAAGGAAAAACUUGAAGAGGUUAAGUUGGCUCAUGUAAAUAGGACUUCUAACUCGACCAUGCCAAUCGAAGAGGCUGGUAUGCUAUUAAGAGCUUUGGAGUCUGAUUGGGAUGUGCUUUGCGAAGAGAUUGGCCUUUGGAUACCUGCUCAAGUCGAUAAUGAAGAACAAGAUGACAAACCUGAGGGCACAAAGGAUUUUGAGGAGGAGAUUCUUCCUGGCAGACCCCUUCCACCGGAGUGUCAUGCAGAACUUCACACCGAUUACGAUGGUACUGCAGUAAGAUGGGGUCUUACCCACCACAAAAAUAGUGCAGCUGAUUGCUGUCAAGCUUGCUUGGACCAUGCAAGACAUGCCAAAGAAGGUGAAAACAAAUGCAAUAUUUGGGUUUAUUGUCCAUCUGAAUCUGGGUGUCAUUCUCCAGACAUUUAUGAACACAAACAUCAGGAAUGCUGGCUGAAAUAUGCUGCGAAACCUCAGCUAAAUUUUAAAGACAAGUAUCCCGAAUCAUAUAAAAAAUCAUUCCCAUCAGCACCGGUGGUUGUUCCAUGGGUCUCUGGUGUUGUUAGUUCAUGAGUCAAGUAACCAACAGACACAGAAGAUAACAGGCCAUGAUCAACAUCAAUCAGGGCUAACUUUGUUGUAUGUCAUUUGAAUACAUAAUAUUGUAUCUGUGAGACUUCAAUCCUACUCAAUAUAAUUCUUAUUCAUUUA